AUGUUUGUCAAAGCUCAACACAAUAAGCAAAAUGUUUCAUUAAUUGCUGGAGGACAUUAUUUUGGAGGAGAGGAAAAUUCAAUUGAAAAGACAACAAGACUAGUAAAGGAUUUGAGUAAAAUUGAAAAGGUGAUUGCUUUGAAUGAACAAGUACCAAUAGUUUGUCAAUUUUCAAUCUUUUCCGAAGGAGAAGGUUUUGAAGAAUUGUUUAAAUCUGUGAGAGAACAAAUAUCUCAAUUUUAUUCUGCUUUGGAUGAUGAAAAUAGCUAUUAUGGAACAAAUACUUUGCAUGAUGCAUUCACAACAUUUAAAUCAUCCUAUUCUUUUUAUGAGUAUGAGGGAGAAAUUAUUGAUUUAUUGAAAAAGAGAUUUGGCAUUUCUUAUAGAAAUGAAAAUCAUACACAAAAACUCAUCAAAUUAAACAAAUUUAUCAAAAAGAAUAUGGGAAGAUUAUCAGGAAAGGAAUUGAGAAUUUUAAUUGCAAAACUAGAUCAUGAAAUGAAUAUUGAAAAGGAUAAAAAGAGAUUUGAGAUUACAUUUAAUUCAAUUAAUACCAUAAUGGAUACAGUGGAUGAAUGUUUAUUUACAAUAUUGCAAAUGUCACAAACUUUAAAGUAUAUACAGAAUGUACUUUUGGAAAUAGCUCAAGAAAUUUAUCAAAAAUUGAAUAUUGCUUUCAGAUCAUUUGUAAUGCCUUGGAUGAUAUUCUUAUCAAUAACUGCCAGAUUAUACAGUAUUACCUUGGAGAAUAUGAAAGUUGUAGAGUUAAUUUAUAACAAAUUUAAAAAGUGGUGCAAUUGUCUUCCAACUAGAGAACAAGUUGCAUCCUAUCUCAUGAAAGAGGUAUCUAUUAUUUUCCUUACAAAAACUAAUAGAAUGGAUUUUCCAUCUCCAUUUCCAGAAAGCUUGAUAGAAUUUACAAAGAAUAAUGAAUCGUCAGAUCUUUCUCAAUUCCUACUCAAUGAAUCAAUCAAGAAGGAGAAUCAAGAAUUAGUAUUUUCACUUGUCGAACAAGUCAAGAUACAGAAAAAACUAUCACUAGAGAAUGCCUCUAACAUGUCUUCUGCUCCAUCUUCGACGAGUAAGAAAAAUAAACAGAAAAAGAAGAAAUAA